AACGGGCAGAGACGAAGUUUGUGGAUGGCUCUUCAGCGUAGUUCUGUUGAUGAUCGGUGGUAACCGCCAAGGAAGGACAAGGAAGAGGAGGCGAACGCAGCGCGUGACUAAAAAGUGCGCGUGAACAAGAAGAUCCAACACAAGCGGAGUCACGUCGCCUUACCAACACAAUGGCGCAGCCCCCGGAAAAAGACGCCAAGCCGCACCCAAGUGACAUAAAAGCCGCGAUCGGGGAAUAUGAACUUACGACUUCCCAGGGGGCGCACUCUGCUGCUACUGCCGAAUCGGCGACGGCUGCCGGCGGUGCAGCGCCCCACCUGUCACCCCCGACAACGCUGGUGCCCCCAUCGGCGAAGAGCCCGACGAACGACAUGGUGGCGACGCCGGUGGAGCACAACCUGUCGAAGGAGGCACUGUGCGGUUCGAGGGCAGCCAAGGACAGCAACGACGCUUCCAUGACGGCCUCUGCACUACAGCGCGUGCUGAGCCCCCCGGGACCUGCAUCUCCGCCGCCGGCGCCGCCGCAAAAGAAACUUGAGGUGAUCAUCCUGGGCAGCAAGCCGAAAAAGUCGACGUCAUCGCAGAACCGCCCAGGAGUCCUUUCGCCCAGUUUCUUUGACGAGGAUGACGACCUGGCGUCGACGACCAGUUCCGUCGUGGCGUUCCGGGAGCGGCUUCGCGCGGUGCGGCUCGAGGUGAUCCGGCACAAAGGCAUCAUCGCGGUCACCUCGGUGACGGCGUUCUGCUUCGCCACCUACUUCAUCCUGGUGGCCGUGCUCAUGAUCGUCAUGUACGCCGUAGCCGACCGGCCCGAGGACCGCGUCUCCGCGCGCAUGGGCUUCAAUCCCAUCAACAUCGCGGUCACGCUCAUGGCCAUGGGCGUCGGAUGCUCGGCGCUCGCACUCGCGCUCGCCUUCUCCAUCGAGGACAUUAACUGGGCCUAGGACCGCCGCCACGGGUCCGCAGAGGCGAGAAAUAAAGUGCAGCCGCGGGGUUCCAAGA